GAACUGUCGUUUUCGAGACGCGCGUUAGGUGUCGGUUCCGGCCGUUUACCGGGUCGUCGGUAUUCGGCCUUGCCAAUCCGCAUCCUCACAUUACCGCAAUCUCUGAAGAAUGGCUCACAUAUCCAUCGCUUUGCCGCGGCAGCCUUUCGGCGCUGAUUCGGGAUGGAUUCGGGAUUCAACUCUUCGGGAGCCAGAUAUCAAGGAGGUGAACCUCGGGUCUUUUCCAACUCCAUCAAAAGCCCCGCCCGCUGGUCAACGAGGAGAUAUUGCGAUACAGUCUUCGGUUGCUUCUGAUGUGGCGAGCUUCAAAGCGCAACGAGCUGCUAACCUCCGCAACGCGAACAUCAACAAUGUGGAGGCCAAAUUACGUUCCCACGUUUUCGCUCACCGCAUUAGAGUCGCGGACAUCUUUGCGGAUUUCGACAAGCUAAGAUCCGGCUAUAUCUCGGCAACACAGUUCAGGCGGUGUAUUGGGACUCUAUUGCAAAGAGGGGUGUCGUCUCCCUUGGCGGAACAUGAAAUCGAGGAACUUCUCGACUAUUAUGACGUGAAAGGAAACCGAUUGAUCAAGUAUACAAAUUUUGUGGACAACAUUGAUAAAGUCUUUGGUGUGAAGAAGCUGGAAUCAAAUCCUACACAGCAAAUACCUGAUUCUAAAGAAGUGGUGAAGCCGUUUCGAACUCUUUCGCCAUCUUCAGAAACACUACUGCAAAACGUGCUGCAACGUUUACGGACGUAUGUAAACUGGCACGGAUCCGACGUGAAGACGUGGUUCAAGGAUUUCGACAAACACAACAAUGGGCUGAUUACAGUGAACCAGUUUCGUCGAGGGGUCCCCUCCUCUCUCCUAUCCAUGGAAGAACAGGAUCUCCUUGUCCAACUCUAUAGCAGCGACCAAAGCGUCAACUAUUUCAAACUCAAUACAGACGUGAACCGUAGAGGGCAUCGGCAUCACCAAGCGGAUAGCGCACGGCUCAUUUCACAACAACCCAAUACGGACUACCGAACCCACUACGUGCCCGUAGGAACCGAGGAACUCAUCUUCCCGGCAAGAGCCACCUAUCCGCCGCGUGGACCGUCGGCGGACGAGGUUGAAGACAAGAUAAAAAUUCAUGUGUACAAAGAGCGAAUCCGAUUGAUCGAGUUCUUCCGUGACUAUGACCGCCAUAACAACGGUCUCGUAACGCAACAUCAGUUCCGUGCAGGCCUUCGUAGCGCUUCCCUAGAACUAGACCAUAAGGAGAUUGAAGCGCUGCUUCCUCCGUACAGUACAUCUGACGGUCGAGUGAAAUAUAGGGCCUUCUGCGAUUCGGUCGAACAAGUUUUCACAAUGAAGGAACUGGAAAGAGACCCCCUUCUCGAAGUCGGUCCCAUCCCUCGUGAGGCAUUAGUACAGGGGCCAAAUAAACUCCCGGAGGAAGAUGAAGCUCGCUGCCAGCAGCUCCUGGAGCGAUUGUCAAAACUAGUGGAUGAGCGUCAUCUGUUGCUCGAACCUUACUUUAAGGAUUUUGAUAUGUGCCUGGGACAGUGCAUCCUUGGGCGGGUUUCCCGCUCCCAUUUCCGGCGGCUGCUUUCCCGCUUGAAGCUUGAUCUGUCUAACAAGGACAUACACCUUCUCUUCGCCAAAUUUGAGGAUCAUUCGGCACCCGAUCAAAUCAAUUAUAACCUCUUUCUGACCGCCAUUGACGCAAAAACGUAUCUUGCGUAUUCCUCAGUCAAGGCGACAACAUCGAAUGUUCCAGGUGUUCCAAGCGCCAUUGACUUCUAUGACAGUCGUCCAAAAGACGGAACGUCUCCGGGUUCCAGCAGAACAGCGUCUCUUGAGGCGAUAUUGAACAGCUUACGAGUGCACAUCUACCGACACCGAAUCAGGGUGUCCGAAUGUUUCCGAGACAUCGACAAGCUUCGCUCAUAUUCCAUACCCAGAGUAGAAUUUGCUAGGGGUAUCCAUCGGAUUGGCGAUCCAUCUUUGUCACCAGAAGCCAUUGAACGUCUAGCGGACGCAUACGCUGACAAAGACAAAUCUGGGUGCUGUAAAUGGAAACUGUUUGAGGCAGACAUCGAACGAGUGUUUGGAGACACCGACUUGGAAUCUCGGCCGUCGCACGUCCCAACGCAGGUUCUGAACGAUACAGAUCCCUUUCUGACCUCCUCUUCUCUGACAUAUGACGAGGAAAGUAAGCUGCACGGAAUCUUGAACAUGAUUCGCGGCUUUCUUCUGGUCAGGCAAACCUCCGUCAAACCAUUCUUCAAGGACUUCGAUAAGCUGCGAACCGGAUUUGUCACGAAAGCCCAAUUUCGCCAAACCCUAUCGUACAUCAGAUGCCCGAUAUCCGAGGACGAGUUCAGCAUCUUGUCCAGACGAUACUUGAAAGCCGCCCACAACGUGGCCGCAUCGGCAGCACAGGGAACAAGUCCUGCGAAGUACUUGGACCGUGUGGCCAAAUGGGCAUUGGGAUCAGAUUCAUUGACUGAGGACUAUGUUCAGAACACUUCCCAGCGGAUCUGUUACGUGGCGUUUCUCCAAGAACUCGAAGAGGGGCUGCCCUUUGAGAUGAGAGAGCAGUCGGGCAGGUUCCGUCCCAACAGGAAUAGCAAUGUGUUUGUUCCCUCCCAGCAUGACGGAGUACCUACCGAUUCCAAGUGGGUCGCUCAGCUGCCGGCAAGCGAAACAGAAAAGUAUGUCACAGAGUACACCAGGAUAGUGAAGCCACCAAUUUACAAGAGGGCCGACCCGGAUAUGUUCCCUGUGGCGCAAAAGUCAUGGUUUGGCUUUGGUUUCCCGCUACCCGCAGGGGAAACCCUUCCUUUGACGUUCAACGAAGUGCGGAGGGUUAUGAUGGACAUCAAAACGAAGCCACAGACGAAAUCCGAACGGAUUAGGAUUAGGGACACCAUGUCCGACUUCGACCCUCUUCGGCACCACCGCAUCACAGCGUGUGAAUUUCAGCGAAGUCUCAAACUGCUUUUCCCUGCGUUGGAAGCCUCUGCGCUUAGGGCACUGUCUAAGUUGUACUCAGAGAAACAGGACGGAAUGGUUUCCUUUCAACGAUUCGCAGACGAUGUGGACUCCGUGUUCACAAAGAAAGGGUUAGAAAAAGAUCCAUUGGGUGAACCAGACGCCUUCCCGCCGCCUGGAGAGCCAUCAUCAAGAGAAAGGAAGGCGGGUGCCAAUCUGACUGGAGAAGAGACGAACACCCUCAGGAACGUCCUUGCCAAAGUCAGGAAGGUUCUGGAAGUGAGGAGAAUUGAGCUUCUUACGUUUCUCGAGGACUAUGACAAGGUUAAGGAAGGAACUAUCACCACCAACCAGCUCCGCUCUGUCAUGAGCAAUAUCGGGAUUCACUUGCAGGAUGAUGAGGUAGCCGUCCUCGCCAAAAAAUUUGCUUCGCUUCCCACUCUGGAACGACUAGAUUAUCGCGAAUUUGUGCAUGCCCUCGCGAACGGCUUGUAGAGAGUGAGAACAGUGGUCGAGAGCAAAGAUGUACUAUAAACUAUGUUUUUCCUGACGUUACGUGUGCCAUUGACCCCCCGCUUUGGUUGUUCUGCUCUGUAAGGGUAUCUUCUCUUUGCGAGAUUUCGUCUGAGACAGCUGGAUGCGCCGGCGCUGGGGAUUUUCAUCUCUGCCCAUUUGUUGAUGUUGCUACCCUGUUCUCCUCCGGUAUCCCUCGAUCUCUCCUCGCGAAUCCUCUACUUCGCAGUUAUUCGGCUUCUCUCCUACGGCUCUUAGAAGGGCCCCAUCAAUAUCCAAAAUCAACGGGAGUUUCCGCAAGCGACAGAGCCGUU